AUGGGGACGACACUAGGGAAGCCAUUUGCCGGUUUUUUCCAAGAAACCGAACAGAGAAUUGUGUUGUUCGGUCUUGACGGUACCGGAAAAUCAUCAAUAAUGCACAAACUCAAAACCGGAGACAUCCUUACCACAAGCAUGCCUACCGUUGGAUUCGACUUUAAAAUCGUAAAAUACAAGGAUUCAACCUUAAACUUGUGGGAAAUUGGCGGCCAAAAUCGUUACAAGAUGUAUCCAAUGUGGAAACAUUACUUUCAACAAGUAUCAGGGCUUGUGCUCGUAGUCGAUAGCACAGACAGAGAUCGAAUUGAAGAGGCAAAGGAAUUCCUAAACGUUGUGAUGGAUAAGAUACAAGGGAAUGUACCAGACAAUGUUCCUGUUCUUGUGUAUGGAAACAAGCGUGAGGUUCCUGGUGCUAUGUCUGCUUCUGAGAUCAGUAACAAGCUCGAUCUCACUUCUCUCCGUCAGAGAAACUGGCAAAGAAACUGGCAUGUCCAGAGCUCAUGUGCAUUCACUGGUGACGGCUUACAUGAAGGACUCGACUGGCUCUUGACAAACAUCGGAAGAAUGUAA